CACAAGCAUUCAAUAAAAAUUUCAGUCAUACGUACUUAAAAAGUUGAUGAGAACAAUAAUUAGAGAACGGAGAGUUGAAAUAUUUUAUUAUACGAGCCCAACCCAAAAUCUGCUGUGAGAAAACAAAUAAACAGUAUGCAAACCAUUAAAUGCGUUGUUGUAGGUGAUGGCGCAGUCGGCAAAACGUGUCUUCUUAUAUCAUACACUACCAAUAAAUUUCCUUCGGAAUAUGUACCAACGGUAUUUGACAAUUACGCUGUUACCGUUAUGAUUGGAGGUGAACCAUAUACAUUGGGGUUGUUUGAUACUGCUGGCCAAGAAGAUUAUGACCGUUUGCGUCCUCUGUCAUACCCACAAACAGAUGUGUUUUUAGUAUGCUUUUCAGUUGUAAGCCCAAGUUCUUUUGAAAAUGUUAAAGAAAAGUGGGUACCAGAAAUUACACAUCACUGUCAAAAAACGCCAUUUCUUUUAGUUGGAACACAAAUUGAUCUACGCGAUGAAAGUAGCACUUUAGAGAAACUUGCUAAAAAUAAGCAAAAGCCAAUCACAAUGGAACAAGGUGAAAAAUUGGCUAAAGAACUAAAAGCUGUAAAGUAUGUCGAAUGCUCAGCCUUAACACAAAAAGGACUAAAAAACGUAUUUGAUGAAGCUAUUUUAGCUGCUUUGGAACCCCCAGAACCAUCAAAGAAAAGAAAGUGCAAAUUUUUAUAAUUUUAUAUGAUAUGAAUAUUCUUAAUGGACAAAAGUGAAGUGCUUUUUCGCAUCCAAUAUAAUUUCCAUACCAGGCAUUCAAUUAUUUAAUUUAGAUCAAAAAGUUUUAAUUUAAACAAUUUUUAACUAUUAAUAUUUUUGUUUUGAAACUUUUUGGCAAACAGUAUAAUAAUAAUAAAAACUGUAUAUUUUUUUAUACACUCUAAUUAUUUAACUAUAUUUAAUAUGAGUUUAGAAAAUAAACAAUUAUAAUAAU